AUCAAAUCAAAACUCGCCCAUCAAUUCAGAAGCCCGAGCCUCGGUCUCGUUGUCCCGGAGUUUCCUCCUCUUCAUCAUUGUUACUCAGCAUCAAUCUCCACAGCAGCUGCAGCAGUAGCAGACCCAUCGCAAUAGCUCUGGGGUUCUUGAAGGAGCAUCACGCACCUUCCAAUGGCUGCAUAUGAUGCUGGCCAGAUUUCUCCGACGGCCGCCUCCGAAGAGAGAGCGUCUUCAGUCUCCGGGAGUGAUGGCGAAAACGACAAUGUAAGCGAGACACCAACCGGGGGUAAUGCAAGCAAAAAGAGAAAGAGGUCUCUCAAAAUCUCCUGUGAACUUUGCAAGACAAGAAAAGUGAAAUGCGAUCGCGUCGAGCCCGCUUGUGGCUGGUGCGCGCGCAACAACCGAGUAUGCGUCUACAAAGAAAGGCAGAAACCUGGCCUUCGGGUAGGAUACGGUCGCGAACUGGAGGAGAAAAUCAACCGCCUCGAAGCUCUACUCCAACACAUGGGCCGCCGGCUUGAAGAGCACAUCGUCGACCAUGGUGAUGUUUCCCAGCCUCGGCCUGGCUCAGUACGAAUGACUUCCCAACCCGUUCAAUAUCCGGCCUAUUCGCAAAAUGAUCCCGGUCCGACGAGUGCAAGUAUAUUGUCUCAGGAUACUCCCGGGUCCGACCCAAGAUGGGCGCCUUCAAAUGCCUACGAACGCAUGCAGUAUCCUCGACCUCAUGACGCCAUGUCAAUUCGGUCCGUUGUCGACACUGCUGGUCAGGACAUAGUGUCCCAAAGCGACCGAGCUGCUUCGACAGCCUGGUAUCCGAGUUCUACUCCAGCUCCGUCAGUGCCAGAAUCCGAGCUGCCUCCGUAUGACUUAUUGUACACGCUUGUCGACCUGUACUUCAAGCAUGUCAACCCGUGGUCACCGAUCCUCGACCGCAAAAACACGUUCGAUGCAUUCUUCGGUUCUCAAUCCAUGGACGAGUCUGAUCGAGUCCUCAUGCAUGCUGUAGUCGCCACCACUCUGCGCUUCUCCAAGGAUCCGCGUCUGACACCGGAAUCUCGAUCCCAGUUCCACGACACUUCACGCCAGAAGAUCAUGCUGUACGCUCUGGAUCAUCCGAACGUGAGAGCGUUGCAGGCUCUGGUAAUCCUUGCCGUCGAUGUUCUCGGAACUUCCAAUGGCCAACAAGGCUGGAACCUCCUGGCCCUCAUAGCCCGCAAUAUUGUCCAGCUUGGCUUGGAGGUAGAGAAAGGCGCAUACCUGGAAUCGACCGCUUAUCCGUCAGCAACGCUACUGCAAGCGUCCCAGCCCAAAUCCUGGAUCGAAAGUGAAGAGCGCCGGCGCUUAUGCUGGAUGACAUUCGUGCUUGACCGGUAUGCAACGGUCGCGACGGAAGACGCUUUCACAUUCGAUGAAAGGGAGAUGGACCGUUGUCUUCCCUGUCGUUACGAUCUCUUCUCCCGCAACGAGCCCGUCGAGACGAGAUGGCACCGCCGCGGAGCUCAGACGGAGAUGAUCGUUAACAAACCUGAAAAUCUAGGCAGCUUUUCAUAUCAUUGUGAGGUGCUGGGCAUUCUGAGCCGCAUCCACCGCUUCCUACACCAGCCGCUUGACAUCACGCGACACUCCGAUAUCCAAAGAUGGCGUGAGACAUAUCGAGAGCUUGACGGCGAAUUGAAUAACUGGCUCCAGAAUUUACCUGGCGAAUACGGCAAGAUCUCGCAACUGUGCCACUCGGAUCCCGGGAGUCGAAUUUCCAACUGGAUCAUGCUUCAUGCAGCAUUUGUCACGUCGGUCAUUCGGCUGCAUUCAUCAGCUGCAUAUCCCACCAUCAAAUCCCCAGUCUUUACACCGUCUUAUCAUGCUAUUCAGCGAUGCCUCGGCGCGGUAGAGAGCCUAAGGGAGAUUGCACAAGACGUCCUCAACACUGGCAUGCUCGCCCUUCUCGGCCACCCGUUUGCUUUUGCUUUGUGGGUCUCCGCUCGACUCUUACUUGUUCACGCGGCUACCAUGGAAUGUGAAGUGGAUGCCAAGAUCACAUUCUUCAUCUCUACGCUUGAACAAAUGGGUCAGCAUUGGCAAGUCGCAAGAGAAUAUGCUAGGAUCUUGAAUGAUGUUCUGCAAGAAGGAAGCACCGGUGCUGGUCGGACGUUCACAGCGAUGAGAAGGACCGCUUACGAGCUAAACAUACUGAUCUCACAACGCCCGCGAUCCGUCCUGGAACCUGCUACAACGCAUAACGCGCCUCAGAACGAAUUGGAGUAUCUCGAGGUCUUUGACUUUUUCAACUAUCCCCGCCUGAACGCCAUUGCCGGCAAUGGCAUCGAUCCUUCUGUCAUCAUAUCGCCUGUAGGUACUCAUGUAUCAACGCAAGGCCAGGCACCAUCGUUUCGGGCCACACCAGCCUUUGUCAUUCCAAACCCAGAGUCGGAUUGGCUGAUAUUCAAACCACCUUAUGAAUGAUUGUGGACCUGUCAAGGACACCGUCGAAUGAGACAGCAUAUCAUGUUAGUACCUUUGUAAGCACCCGGGCUCGUGGAGGGCCAUUUCCAUUGGACUGGCGGGCUACGAACAGGCUUGCUCGAUGAUAAGGCUCUUCUCUAUUGAGGCAACGUAUAUUUAUUCCACUGCUAUGACUAGCUCAAAUUUCCCCUCAUCACCUACAACCAUGUCGUUGGGUUUCGUCAAGCCGCUCCUGCAACAAGAAUCACCGACCCUCCCACGGCAUACCUAUUGCAUCGACCAGAAAAGCAUCACCCCCGGACGGACCUCAGAUAUUGUCGGUCAAAAAGUUCAUCUUCUUGAGACCAGUCUUGAUUGGUUCGCGCGAGACCAUUCUCUUGACCCAGUCAUACAUGACAGGGAAUUCAGACAUCUGAAACUCUUCCUUGCUCAUCACCAAGGGUAUAACUGCAUACCACGUCAGGAAGGAAAUGUCCGCAUAGGAGAUUUUGUUUCCGACAAGCCAAGGUCCGUCACCGCCACUGUGCUUCUCCUUCUGCUGCGUCAACCAGCCUUCCAGCACGCCACUGACGCGCCUCAUUUCUGUGAUGUAGCGCUCCCAGGCGCUUGGGAUUUUCUCGGGAUGGAACUUCUUGAACCAGGCGUAUUGACCAAAGUACGGUCCCUGGCCGGAGACCUGGAAGAAAAGCCACUGUUUGCCAUGGUAGUACUCCGGAGUGCCCGGAGCAAAGCUUAGCUUAUACUCAGGGUCGUAUUUCUCAACAAGAUACUCGAUGAUGGCACCUGUCUCCCAAAUGGUCAAGUCGCCAUUAUUGGGAUCUUGGAUGGUGGGCAGUCGACCGUUGGGAUUGAGUGCAGUAUAUUCUGGCUUCUUGACAUCUUCGAAGGGGACGUCAACAAUGUCAUAAGGAAGGCCGAGCUCUUCUAACAUGAUGCCGACUUUAGGUGGAUUGGGGCCGUGAGAGCCAUAGAGCUUGAUAGGCUUGAGCUCAGACGACAUUUUGAAUGUUUUGAUUGAGAAGCUGGCCAAGGUUGUUUUGAGGGGUGCUUUGAGGAGAGAGUGCAAUGAACUAUCUAUGCUCUGCGAGAUUGAAACUGCUUGAUGGAAUGGUUGAAUCCCAUGGCAGCUGAAGGCAUGAUUUAUGUACUUUUCCUGGACUCAUACUGUUGUCCUGUCGUGGGCCUGUCGAAUUACCCUCUUCUACAGGCCUUGCGGAGUCCACAGAUGCCGAACAAUUCUUCGCAAGCUUUUACCAAAACUCCUC